AGCACGAGUAUUAUUUAUCUUAACUCCAUAAUUACGAGGGUAGUCCAAUACAUAGUACGAACCUUGUUCCAAAAUUAAGGUAUGGCCCCGUACCUGCCCCAUUGCUAUUACUAACAUUUGGCCAACCAUGAAACGUUGUUUUCCAGCCAUUUUCUCUCACUCACUCUCUUCAACUCACAAACAACAACCAAAAAAAAUAUCUCAACAUGGAAUUACCAAACUAUCCAUAAUGCAUAGAAUUUUACUCUUUUAGACAACUCGGAUCUCCUUGAUGCAUUAGAAUUUAGAACUGCCAUUUGUGACAACCACACAGGGUGAUUGGUUGUUAGGGAAAAGAAAAAGAGAGAAAUGCGAUGGAAGAAGCACUCAUCAUCACAAACAGAAGCAUAGUUAUCAAGACCCACAUCAAUGGCUUCCCAAAAGAGACGGACUUCGAACUGAAGUCCGAAGCUUUGUCCCUUAACGUCGAACCCGGUUCGGGUCACGUCAUCGUGAAGAACCUCUACCUCUCGAUCGACCCUGCGCAGCUCAACCGCAUGAAGAGCCACAACACUUCUCAAUCUCAUCACAGCGUCCAAGCUGCUGCCGCCAUUGCUCCUGGCUCGGAAAUUCGUGGUUAUGGAGUUGGCAAAGUUGUGGCUUCAGGGGACCCUGAAUUUCAAGUGGGUGACUUGGUGGCAGGGGAACUUACAUGGGGAGAAUACUGCUUGAUGAUACCAGGAGUGUUCUACUUCAGGAAACUCGACUCCAUGGGACUCCCUUUGUCCUGCCAUGUCGGAACUUUGGCAUACGGUGGGAUGACAGCGUACGCGGGAUUAUUCGAGGUCUGCAAGGUGAAGAAAGGAGAGAAAGUGUUUGUUUCUGCAGCUGCUGGUUCAGUUGGACACAUAGCUGGGCAGUUGGCAAAACUCCAUGGCUGCUAUGUAGUUGGCAGUGCUGGAGCAACAGAAAAGGUGGAAUUGCUGAAAGGGAAGCUCGGUUUCGACGAUGCAUUUAACUACAAAGAAGAAGCAGAUCUCAAGGCGACUCUUAGAAAGCAUUUCCCAGACGGGAUCGAUGUAUACUUCGACAGUGUUGGUGGCGAGAUGCUCGAAGCAGCAGUUGCCAACAUGAACUUGUUUGGCAGAGUCGCUGCUUGUGGGGCGAUUUCAGAGUAUACGGGGAGUGGAAGAAAAGCUGCUCCUGAUAUGGUGGAAGUCAUAUACAGGAGAAUCCAAAUCCAAGGGUUUUUGUGCCCUGAUUUCUUGAGUGUUCACUCAGAUUUUAUCUCUGCAACUUGUGAUUAUCUGAGGUCCGAGAAGAUGGUCUCGGUCGAAGACAUCUCGACCGGGUUGGAAAGCAUACCUUCGUCGUUUGUCGGACUUUUCCAUGGCAGUAAUAUUGGGAAGACAAUUGUGCAGAUUGCAGUGGAGUGAAUGACAAGAAACAAAGACCAAAUUAGUAAUAUCUCUCUGGUCUAAAGAACCAAUUAACUUAAUGUUACUUU